AUGAGUUCGAGAUCUCAAAUUCGGCUGGACGCCACUGUUGCUGACUGUGGCCUUGUGGCUGAGCUUGCGCUGAACGUCUAUCGCUCAUGUAAAAUGUCCGCGGCGGAUUUUCAGAGCAUGUCGGAUGAUAUGUCCACUCUUUAUAUGACUCUCAGGGACAUACGGGAAGACCUCAGCCAGGACGCUUCAGGCUUGAGCCACACCGGCAUGGACUCUCUAAGAGAGAAGCUGAACACUGUACACGGAGCUCUCCGGUGCAUUGAUGAGGAGCUGAAAAACUACGAGAGAAUGACAUUUAGCUCCCGCCUGAGAUGGGCGUAUCUCAAAGAUGUGUUGCCGAACACUGGCGAGGCCCAUACUCGGAUCGUCGGCACAACAACCGCAUUGCGCCUUCUGGAAAAGAAGAUGUCUAUGACCUGCGAUAAAGCUCUCGAGAAACAGAUAGUGAAAUAUCUACGAGAAGUCCGGGAUGGACUACACGAGGAUUCGGUGAUGAAUCUGGUUCCAACGGACAUGCCCUCGAAGCAUCAGCGAUGGCAAGAUUUCAAGGAGGAGCUUCAAAGAUAUGUGGGUAUACCACCCACAGUGGUCGAUGACCACUGGGAUUUCAUCCAUGCUGUUGUCCGUCGCGCGCAGAAAACUGGUGAUUAUGACAUCGAGCUCCCCGAACCCUCCCAGGACGAGCGUGCGUUGAUGAAGCAGAUCGAAGAAAGCUUGGUGCGCAGGUCUAAGGAUAUGGAUAAAAACAUGAACGAGCUGCGUCAGAGAGCCCCUCAUAUCGACAGCAAGAAGACUUCACCAAUCGUCACCAUCGGCCUUCGUGCGUUACGUAUUGUCUCAGAUGAACGCCUAAUCGUGGCGGCGGACGAAGGAGACUUGAAACGUGUCAAGACUCUGAUUAAUCGCCGCGCGAAUGUCAAUGCUUCUGACAGAUGGCGCUGGACGGCGCUGCACAUGGCGGCCUAUGGUGGAUACAAUGAGAUUGCCAAAGAGCUAAUCGCAGCCGGGGCAGACCUCACAGCUAGGACUGUGGAUGGGGAGACUCCACUCAGGUUGGCAGAAACAAACAGACAUGUGGAUGUAGCCGCUACCAUUCAAAACAGAGUAGAUGAGUUACAUGACCAGGCAGGCCGUCAAAAGCCUCACUAA